AGGCCUGGUGGCCAGCCUGUCGGCUUUCAUCCUCCUGGGCGUGACAGUGACGCCCGACGGCCCCUUCAAGCGGCCACAUCCAGCCAUCUGGAGGCUCACCUUCAUCAUCUCCAUCGUGUACGAGCUCGGCCUUAUCUUCUUACUCUAUCAGAGUGCUUCUGGUGCUAGACAACUACUGAAGUUCAUAGACCCCAAGUUAGGGGAGCCGCUUGAGGAGAAGGACUAUGGUGGGAACUGCCUCCUAUAUGACCCAGAGCACACAGAUGAUCCGUACCACAACAUAAAGGACAAACUAGACUUGUUUGUGCCGCUGCACUUCUUCGGCUGGUGGCUGAAGACCCUCCUGUUGCGGGACUGGUGGCUCUGCUGGGUCAUCUCAGUCAUGUUUGAGAUCCUGGAGUAUACCCUAGAGCACCAGCUACCCAACUUUUCCGAGUGCUGGUGGGACCAUUGGAUAAUGGAUGCCCUAUUGUGUAAUGGUCUGGGAAUCUACUGUGGGCUUCAGUCUCUUAAGUAUUUCUCCAUCAAGACUUAUCAUUGGCGAGGCCUCUGGAACAUCCCCACUUACAGAGGCAAAUUGCGGCGCAUCAUAGCCCAGUUCGGUCCAUACGUUUGGGUAGAUUUCGACUGGAAGCCUCUGUCAUCUCUUGGUCGGUGGUUCUCCAUGCUUGGAAUUAUAGCUGUGUUCCUUCUAGCAGAACUAAACACAUUCUACCUAAAAUUCGUUUUGUGGGUGGAGCCAAGUCACUGGGUCAACCUUGUCCGUCUCCUGUUCAUUUUGCCUUGGGGUGCUGUUGCUCUCAGAGAGGUGUUCCAGUUUCUUGAUGAUCCAGAUGUUUUGAAGUUUGGUAGGCAAUCGUGGCUCUUUUUAGCCAUUGUAUGCACAGAAUUGUUAAUAUGUAUCAAAUUUGGCUGGGAGACAGUCACCAUUCCCUUUCCCAGCCAUGUGGUGACUCUAUGGAUUGCAAUAUUCAUGAUGUUGAUAUUAUGGACAGUGUGGAACUUUUUCAUUGAUCCUCAUACCUUUAAGGUAGAUUCAAAAGACGUUGAGAGGCGUCGGGAACACUGGAGCCAAGUGAGAGCCAUUGAGACCAAGCUCAGCCCAUCAGAAACAAGAUUUAUACCGCAGUUCUUUCUUGAUAAACUGACACAGAUGAGAACCAAGGAAGACUGAGAGUUUUGAUCACAGCCAAUCUGUUAUGCUGCAGCUACUCAAGGGUCUCAAGUUUAAAGUGAUAAAACUAAGGUGGGGUGUCCAGUAUCAUGGGUAUGGUGUGCUUAUUAUGGUGCAUGUGAUUAAACUGAUUGUAUUUACUUAUGAGUUGCAGGAAGGUAAUACAACAUGAUAUUGGAUAUUUGAUACUGUACAAAAUGCCUAGAACGAGGACACUGUCAUCAGUAUCUUGAAGGUCAGCAAAUUUAGUGAGCAUGCUAUUGUGUCUCCUGUGUUAAUAUGUUUUUUUGAAUGUAUCAGGUUCAAUAUGUGAUAAAAACACUAAUGCUAUGGUGGGUCAGGUAGUUUACUACAAUUUUACUUUUUUGUCUUUGGUAAGAUUUUUAAAGGUGCUUUUUGAUCAUAGAAGCUUAUAUUGUUCAAUUUCAAAGUUAUGAAUUGUACUAAAAAUAUGGUUCAAAUACACAGAUAUAUCAUUGUUGAUGUGAAGUAUUAACUUAUAAUCUACUUACUAUGACACUUCAAAGGCUUGUGACUGAAGACCCCAAAAUAAGGUAACUUAGACAUAUCUUUUCAAUAUGAUACCAUAUCUAAAAUAGUUGAAAUAUUGUGAAGUCAUUGUGACCCAUAAUGGCAAUUCUUACCAUGUUAGACAAGCAAAUAUACAGCAGGUGUAAUCAUCUAUGGCAGGAUACAAAUACAUCAUUCCACAUACAAAGCCAGAAGCAUCUUAUCUUGACAGAAAUUUCCAAACACUCUUGAAAAGGGAGAUGUUACUAUUAUUGUUAUUUUUGAGACUGUUAAAGAAGAAAUUUAUCUAUUGCUUUUAUUCUUUCGCUAAUGUGUUAUUAUUUAAAUUUUAACUGUUUAUUUUUUAUUUUUAUUUAACAGAUGAUUAUCAUGUAAAUGGGAACUUAUUUAAGGCAGCUGCUUUUAGUUAAAAGCAUAAGAAAGCUAUGGUAAUAGAAAGGUGUAUGAAUUACUUAAAUCUUUCUAGUAGUCUGUAGUAAAAACUAACACUUAAGGCUUGUAAAAUCAUUACUUUCAUUUAGAUUGAGAUAGAAUGUGAGCUUAUCAAGGAAUUCCUAAUGAUAUUGUUUUUGAAUUUUUGUUCUAUAAAAGAAAUGUACUGCGCCUUUAGAAUUUAUGCCAUUUAUUUUAUGCUUUUUAUUCAAGAAUCAUUAGGAUAAAGGGUGCUUGACAAUUGACAGAAUAUGACUCAUUGCAAGUUCAUUUUUGCUGUGUGUAAGAAAUCACCAGCAGUUGGCUGGAGACACUUUUAGCACUUCUAAUUUUGUAGCACUAAAGCCCUAGGUACCAUGUUUGGAUGAGGUGUUGAUUUGACAGAAGAUCUUCAGUCAAAUUGAUUAUAACGAGAAUCUGGUUUUAACAUUUGUCAUAUGCACCGUUAAGAGGCACAAGCUGACUAGUCAAAUUAAAUGUACUAAGGGACUCAUACUGCAAAGAUAUUUGCUGUAUUUGCUUUAGAUAGACACAAAUGGUUAAGUUGUGUCAUUUUUAACUGCUGUGGCCUUAGGAUUUGGAUAAGAGAGUAUAUACAGUGCUUUGUUUUGUAGACAAUAUUCCUCUACUAACCAAGUGCAAUUGACAUGGAUGAACAAGUGAAUGGUAUUGAUAAACUGGAUAUCCUGGCAAUACUAUUUUAGUUAUUUUUACUAUAUACAUUUUUUUAUACUCUUCACUUGUAUAAUGUAAAAUUGGGAAAAAAACAAUUGAAAAUAUUUCAUAGUAUAUUUAAUUCAUACACUUAAUUGUUUUUUUA